UUCGUCUUUUCUUUCAUUUUACCGAUAUUUUGUAUAUUUUUUUCCACGUUUUCCAGUGAAACGACGUGUGACACAUCUUCACUGGAACUGCACACGUGUCUGAGGAAAAGCUGUGCUUUUAUUUUGAAACAGUUUGACCACAAAUAUCCCGUUUGUGCGGACGAGCUUCAAUCCACGCAAGUUAGACGUUAUUCUUCGCGUUUUUUUGUUCUCUAUCCUGGCUUUUUACUGUCACUUUGUCGUAGUCUGUGUUACGGUCGCACCGUUUUUUUAUGAGAAGUAACGUAGCGGGGGUUUUAUCCGAGCGUCGGCUAACUUUUGUGUUCCGUUAGCUCUGCGGUUACGACGUAGAGGAGACCUUCGCUAACUUAGCAACGGAGUUAACGUUAGCAGGCGUCUAGAAAACAACGGACGGACCAGACUCUCAACAAUGGCUGAGCAAUAAUGACGACCAGAAAAUAUAAUUGCACAGGAGACUGACACCAUUAUUCCCUUAUCGUUGCAUUGUUUUGUUUUUUCUGUUCAUUUUAGGCCAGGCUAGCAAGGCUAAGUUUAUAGGUUUAUAUAUUUAAACCAAAAGGGCAGAGACAUUAAAAAAAAGGUGAUUACAUUUUUUUUUUAAACAUUCAUGGAGGAGCUGGGGGUGAAGGAUUAGUGAUGAUGUCAGCAACGCAGCUGGUAAAUCCAACCACACCUUGAAGUGGGAGUGACCGCACGGUGACACUUGUGACGUCGAACGGCUCUUAACUGACACUUCGGAGUGACAUCUGCGCCCAUGUCACCGCCGUUUCUCCUCCGUUCCCCCUGUUCUUCAGCGCCUGCCCAGUUAGUCCAGUCGGGGUGAAACCGCCGCCUGAUCCAGCAUGAAGACCUCUCUAUCCAGACUGUUCUUCUAUGCGGGCUUCGUGGUCGGAACCUGUACUUUGCACGUGUUUCUACGACAGGUGCGCUUUGACAAGACCUUGUCGAACCCCGUAGCCACGAGCUCCCACGACGAGCAUCACCAGCUUCAGGAAGAGAGUGAGAUAUGGAAGAAAGAGAGAUCUGCACUUUUCAACCUGAAACACCCUCACCACAAAGGUGAGGACAGCCGACUGGCUGACGAGCUGUACAAAAAGGUACGUAUUCUCUGCUGGGUGAUGACGGCGCCGCAGAACCUGAAGACCAAGGCUCAACACGUCAAGUCCACGUGGAGUCGUCACUGCAACGUCGUGGUCUUCACCAGCUCCGUGGACGACGCCGACUUCCCCACCGUGGGUUUAAACACGUCAGAAGGCCGGGACCAGCUGUACUGGAAAACCAUCCGUGCCUUCCAUUAUGUCUACCAGCAGCACGGACACGAGGCCGAUUGGUUCUUCAAGGCGGACGACGACACCUACGUCAACGUGGACAACCUGCGUUGGAUUCUUGCCAACCACACCGCCGACGAGCCCAUUUACUUUGGCCGGAGAUUCAGGCCCUACGUCAAGCAGGGCUACAUGAGCGGAGGAGCCGGGUACGUGCUGAGCAAAGAGGCCUUACGGCGAUUCGUAGAAGGAUUUAAAAGCAAACAGUGCACUCACACUACCUCAGUGGAGGACCUGGCCAUGGGCCAGUGUUUGGAGAAAGUAGGGGUGGUGGCCGGCGACUCCCGGGACACUCAGCAGAGGGAGACAUUUCACCCUUUUGUCCCUGAGCAACACCUCACAUCCAAGUUCCCCAAGAGCUUCUGGUAUUGGAGCUACUGCUACUACCCCAUCACAGAGGGCCCAAACUGCUGCUCAGACUUGUCGGUGUCCUUCCACUACGUAGAUGGUUUGCACAUGUAUUUAUUGGAGUACUACUCCUACCACCUACGUGCCUUUGGCUACACAUACCGUUACCGGGCCCCCACCCCUCUCACCUACAGAACGGAGCAGUUUGACGCAGCAGAAGGUCACGAAGACGGGGACGCUCAGGUCAACGGUCUAACAGAUUUGGACGAUGAGUCCAGGACAGACGAGAGGGAGGAGAACCCUUCAUUAGUGGACAAACAUUAGGGUUGAUGUUUGUCUCUCUUUAAUUAGCCAAAGCUAAUUAAUGUUAGCUUUGGCUCAUAACCCUGAACACUCCACCUUUGUCAGAUGUUUAUUUUUUUUUAAUUUUUUGGUUUAAUAAUUUUUGGCAUCGAGGUUUUGUUUUUAAAACGUUGACAGGUUAAAAUGUGUUUAGUUUUUUUAUUUGAAAACUACUGCAGUAUCUCCAAGACCCGGUACACAGUUUCCUUUACGUGGUCUUCAUCCACAUAAAGAACAACGUGCCUGCUGCUGAGACCCACGUCAGUGGGGUUCUCAGGUGGACGAGCCGUGGGGUAACUUAUUAAAUAAGAGACGAGUAUUUAUUCUGGGGUGGCUGGAUAUCAUCGAUGCUGUUGUUAUUUCGUCUUCUAAAUACCAAACUUUAUACAUUUGUUUUAUUACUAUUAUUAUUACACUUUAGUGUAACUAAUAUCCAGAAUUUGAUAUAUUAAAAGUUUAAAUUUUUUUCCCUCAUAUUUUUAAAAGUAAACAUCACACUGAUCUUCCUGUGACAGAGUGAUGGAAGGUCAUGGUUGUGAUAACAAUAGAAAUCUUUCUUUGAUUAAAAAAAUCAGAAAAAAAGUAAAA